UUCCUUAUCUAGAAUUUUCUUCUCAUCGUAGCAUCUUCUUGAAGCAAUUAGCGUUAUCUGUUUGAGAAAAUGCCGAGCAGGUAUCCAGGAGCAAUGGCGCAGGACUGGGAACCUGUGGUGCUGCACAAAUCCAAGUCCAAGGCGCAGGAUUUGCGUGAUCCGAAGGCGGUGAAUCAGGCGCUGAGGAAGGGCGCACCAGUGCAGAUCAUCAAGAAAUUCGAUGCCGGAUCGAACAAGAAAACAGCAGGACCGGCGCUAAACGCGAGGAAGCUGGACGAAGCAGCAGAACCCGCUGCGCUGGACAGAGUCUCUGCCGAAGUGAGACAGGCAAUUCAGAAGGCGCGGCUUCAGAAGAAGAUGAGUCAGGCGGACCUGGCUAAACAGAUCAACGAGCAGCCAAAGGUGGUGCAAGAGUACGAGAAUGGUAAGGCCGUGCCCAACCAGGCCGUGUUGGCCAAGAUGGAGAGAGUCCUCGGUGUCAAGCUGAGAGGAAAAGUCGAGAAAUAAUAAAAGAAACGACGGUAGGUUAUGUUUUGUUAAGUGUUUGUAACCGUGUUGCAUCUUGGACAUGGGCAUGUUUUGUUUGUAGUUUGGUGAAUAAAUUAAAUUAGGCUUAUGGCCAGAUAAAAAAAAAAGAAAAAAAGAAAGGCUUUUUCUUAACAUUGGGAAAUUCGAGAGAGGGGGAUAUUUUUUAAACUCAAAUUUCGACCAAUUACACCCAACUA